GGGAGGUGCGGAGGAGGCGCGGCCGCCACGGGACGCCUGGCUGGGCCCGGCCACCUAAGAGUCGCCUUCCGCUCUCGGCUGCGGGCCUGCUGCUCCCAGCCCGCGGCGGCGGCGUUAGCGGGCGGCAUGCGUGUGUGAGAUGCGGCCGCGGGCAGUCCGGACGCGAGCAGCGGCCCCCGCGGCAGCGGCGAAGACAAGCGCGGCCUCCUCAGCGGCGGGCGCGCAGUGCAUGAAGGCGAGCACGAGGGCUCUGGGCAGCAGCCGGCCACGCCGCCUCCAUAAACACUUGUUUAGGACUCGUUCGCCCCGCUGAGGCCCCCGGUGCCCCUUUCAUGGAGGCCCCGUCCGACUCCGAAUCCCACUCUUCGGCCUCGGCCGCAGCGCCGUUGCGUGCCCCGGAGGUGGCGCGGCUCCGCGAGGAGCAGGAAAAGGUGGUCACUAACUGCCAAGAGAAAAUCCAGCAUUGGAAGAAGGUAGAUAAUGACUAUAAUGCCCUUCAAGAAAGACUCAGUACUUUACCUGAUAAGUUGUCUUAUAAUAUCAUGGUACCAUUUGGCCCCUUUGCCUUCAUGCCAGGAAAACUUGUUCAUACUAAUGAAGUCACUGUUUUACUUGGGGACAACUGGUUUGCAAAAUGCUCAGCAAAGCAGGCUGUAGGUUUAGUUGAACACCGGAAAGAACAUGUAAGAAAAACAAUAGAUGAUUUAAAAAAAGUGAUGAAAAAUUUUGAAUCCAGAGUUGAAUUCACAGAAGAUUUGCAGAAAAUGAGUGAUGCUGCAGGUGAUAUUGUUGAAAUUAAAAGUGACUUUGAGUUUAAAGCCAAACAACGAAUUGCUCAUAAACCUCAUUCCAAACCAAAAACUUCAAAUAUUUUUGAAGCAAAUUUUGCAAAUGAAGUAAAAUCUGAGGAUUUGCUUGCUGAUAAGGAACUGUGGGCUCGACUUGAAGAACUAGAGAGACAAGAAGAAUUGCUGGGUGAACUUGAUAGUAAGCCUGAUGCUGUGAUUGCAAAUGGAGAAGACACAACCUCUUCUGAAGAGGAGAAGGAAGAUCAAAACACAAAUGUGAAUGUGAUACAUCAAGAAACAAACUACCUUACUCCCAGCAGUUAUCAUAAGGAUGUUACACAUUCAGAACAAUUCAAUGGACAAGUCAAUAGUCAGUUGAACUGUUCAGUAAAUGGUUCAAGUUCUUGUCACAGUAAUGAAGAAGAUGAUGAAGACAACAGUCAUGAUGGUGAUAAUGAAAAUGACCAUAAUGCUUUAGGGAUUGGAGAUAAUUCUGUACCAACAAUAUAUUUUUCUCAUACUGUUGAACCUAAGAGGGUUCGAAUAAAUACUGGAAAAAAUACCACUUUAAAAUUCAGUGAAAAGAAAGAAGAAGCCAAACGUAAACGAAAGAACAACACUGGAAGUGGUCAUUCUGCUCAAGAGCUGCCUACAAUCAGGACUCCUGCUGACAUUUACAGAGUCUUUGUUGAUGUUGUGAAUGGAGAAUAUGUUCCUUGUAAAUCUAUUCUGAAGUCUCAAAGCAGAGAAAAUAGUGUUUGUAGUGAUACCAGUGAAAGCAGUGCUGCUGAAUUUGAUGAUAGGCGGGGAGUUUUGAGGAGUAUUAGCUGUGAAGAAGCCACUUGUAGUGACACCAGUGAAAGCAUUUUAGAAGACCCACAACAAGAAAAUCAUCAAAAGAAACUUUUGCCAUUAUCAGGAACAUCUGAGGCUUUUUCUGGAACUGUAAUAGAAAAAGAAUUUUUAUCCUCUUUAACACCACACCCAGCCAUUGCUCAUCCUGUACUACCCACCAUUCCGGAACGAAAAGAAAUUCUGUCAGAAGUAUCAGAAGAAACUGCCAAAAGGGUUUCAAAGUUCAAAGCUGCCAGAUUGCAACAGAAAAACUAGGAAAUGGGAGUUUACAUCCUAAAACCUAGUUGUGAAUUUUUAGAAUGUAUAAGCAAAAUAUGUUACAUGUAGUUUGAARUAAGGUGUUUUGAGUUAGUUUGGUAGCAAGUUCUCUUAUCAGUGAUAUUACAAAAAUCAUAGUAAAUGUUUGAAUACAUUAAUAUUCAGCUUGUUUCGUUAAUUCUCUGACUACUAAGUUGGCCUUACAAUUUUGAAUUAUUUUUCAAAGAACACAGUUCAUAUGCAUUGCUUUUGUGUUUUAAACUAAAUACAAGCAGUUUUGUACCAGCUGUGAUGUUGUGUGUACCAUAUGGACCAUUUAAAAGAAUCUUUUAAGAUAUCAAAUAGAUUCAACAAUUAUAUUACUUGCUUUUGCAUUUUAAAGGCACUUUAAAAAAAAUCUACUUCCCUCAUAGGUUUUGUAAGCUAGGUGGCUAUUUAAAAGAAAGAAAGAAAGAAAAACAAACAAACAAAAACCUCUUCCCUUUUAAUGUCAUACUGUAAUCUUUAAGACAGAAAGCUACAUGUAUCCCAUGGGAAAGUUUCUUUGACUGGAAGAAUGAUAUUUUGUAAAGUAUUUCUUUUCAAGUAAAAAUUUUAUGAAACUUGGUUUCUAAAAUGUUGCGAACUUUAUGAUUUAGAACUGAAUAUGGAAAUGUCUUUGAUUCUUAUGUGUAUAUACCACACAACAGAUUCUUGAAUUCUUACAAUUCCAUAGGAACUACUUCUCCCCCUUCUGUAUAGUUUUCACUGGGAUUUACCUUUGGGAGAGAAGGAAAGUUUGUCUAGAUGCUUUAAAAAAAAAAAAAAAUGAAUGAAUGAAUUUUUCAAAUAAAAUUUUCUUAUGUUUUAAUCUUUCCAACAUUUUCAUUCUUUAAGCCUACUUUACUACUAGUAAAUAACUAGAUAACAUAUUUACUUUGUUACUUUGUAGUAAAAUUCCUUAAAGAUAAAUUUAGUCUAACAUUGAAAAUUACACUGCAAGUGUUAAUAAUUAGCUUGAUGCAUGCUAAAAUGUAGCUUUUAAAAAGCAUUCUGCAUUAGAACUAAAAUAAGCCAUCAAUGCCAGUCCACCCUCUAUUCAUGGCUAAAUAUUUAAGGGUUAUUUAUAGCUUCUUUAAUGAAUUCUUGCUUAAACAAAGUGAAAUUAUGUCCUAGAAAAGUAGAAGCUAUUUGUAACUAGAACAGCACAACUGUAAAAAGUUUUAUGAAUAUGUAUUUUAAUGAUAAAGGGGUGAGCUUGAAUCCCCAGUAAUUAAUGGAUCAUUUAGAACAGAGAACUGAUUUUGAAAGAUCACCUAAAAAUGUAGAAAAUUUGUUCUUUAGUGAGUUCUGAUCAGCUGUAUGUUUUGUAGUUAAAAACAGGUUUUCUUUCAGUUCACCCUGUUCAUAAACCAAAUAGUGCAAACCACUCAAAAAAGUUCUCCCUUUCUUUCUCAAUUGCUAUUUAAGUGAACCUUUCUGUGCUAACACCCACUCCCUGCCCCUGGUUAAAACAAACUUUAUUGUAGGACUGUGGUGGUAUUUAGAGAUGUAUAAUUUCAAGAGUAUUGUCAUUAAAUAUUUUUUCAUGUUUAUGAACUUAAUUUUGAGCCUGCUGUUUAUAUAGUCUGUUACUUCCUUCAAAUAAUUUUUCUUUCAUAGAAUAUGGUAGUAGAAACAACAAAAAGUGUUUGAUAACAUAUUUUUUGUAUGUUCUGCUCAAGACCAUAUGAAAUAGUGUUGCCCCAUUUCAUAAUUUCAAUCUUAUAGCAAAGUUUUACAUUAUAGCUUGAAGUUAUUAAAUUCAAAUUUCCUUGGGACAAAAUGAAGCUGGUCUUAAGGGUUCUGCUUUAAACCACUGUAAAACAGAGCAGCAGACCAAAACACUCUUUUCUUCACCUUUACUUUGAACUAAUUUUAAUGUACCACCAAAAAUUGCACCAAACAGUACAGAGAUUUCCUGUAUGCCAGCUUCCCCCAACAUUAUAACAUACAAUGUUUCUACAAUGAUCAAAACUAGGAAAUUUAUAUUGGUGUAAUUCUACAAACUGCAGAUCUUAUUUGAAUUUCACCAACUUUUCCACUAAUGUUCCUUCCAGAAUCCUGUAUAGUACCCUAACUUUAAUUAUUAUUGUUCCUUAGUCUCCCCUGAUCUCUGACAGUUCCUCAGUUUUUCCUUGUCUUUUUUUUACUUGACAUUUUUGAAGAGUACUGAUUGUAGAAUGUUCCUCAGGUUUUUUUUUAAUAUACUCACAUGAUUAGAAUGAAGUUUUGCAUUUUUGACAAGAUUACUAUAGAUACACAUCAUAUCAAGAGGUUCUUGUUAGAGAUACCUUCUGCUGUGUCAUUUCAAGAAAUUUUUACUUCAAACUGUGAACCGUAAUCACUCGGUUAAGAUGAUGUCUGUCAUGGGCUGAGUGGCGCACACCUGUAAUCCCAAUGGCUCAGGAGGCUGAAGUAGG